UGAAGGUUAAUUUGAGGUCGAGAUUAAGGAAGUUUCUGGUUUGGGAAGAAAAAAUUUGUUUUGGUUUCUAUAUUUUAAUGAUUUUUAUAAACAUUAUAAUUUUUCAAUAUAACCAAGAUACGGAUUGAGAUAAAGCAUACAGAAAACACGUCAAAAAUGUCGAAUUCGGGCAUAUGUCUGCUUGAUAUGCCUGAAGAACUAUUGGAGAAGAUUGCAUCGUAUUUCACUUACGAUGAUUUAAGCCAUCUCAGAUUGGUUUGUAAGAAAUUUGACAGAUGUUGCCAAAGGUUACUGAAUCAUGGUUUUCUUAAGGUCGAUAGAUAUCAUGCACAGUGUCUGCGAAAUGUUAAAGCUCAACUACCAAGAAGAGAGUCUGAACGUAGGAAUCAUCCUCUUGCACGUCACUGUGAUAUUUUAACAGCCAUUGAAACAAGAUUAUCGUUGCUGGGAAUGACUUUUAUGAAAUACGUUGAUAUGAAUUUGUGUUGUUUUAUUCCUGGAAAGGUUAUUGAUGAAAUUUAUCGUGUUUUGAGAUAUAUCCAAAAUACACCAACACCACCUCGUGCGCAUGAAAUACUUCAAGAGUUAAGAGAUAUUUCUUCGAUGGCAAUGGAAUAUUUUGAUGAAAAAAUUGCUCCUGCUUUAAAACAAAAAAUUGGAAAUACUAGUCCAACAAUAUCUGUUACAGCACAUGGGGCUUACACAAUUCCAGCUAGCUAUGGAACUGUUUCCCGUCCACUGAGCAGAAAAGUAGGCGUUCAACAGGAAAUAAGCAGAAUUCAUUUAUAUAUUAAGCAACUAAAUGCUGCUAAUGUUACAGUAAAGAAAGAACUUGCAGAAAUAAAAGCUAAACACUUAAAGUGUACAGGAUAUCACUUGCCAGAAUUAGCUUCCAUAUAUGGACUAGCCACGAAUGUCAUCAAGAAGUAUAAUUUUUAG